UUUCUCUCCUCCCCUUUUCGUUCCUCUCUUUCUACCUUCUUGCACUCUUGCUCAGAAAAAUAAUCCAUGGAGGCUCUCAGACUAGAAGCUCGAGCAUUAGGGUCCCUCUCAGGGGGUUCCACCCCGCUCAAGGCCCUUCUCCCUGGGGCAGAGGGCCUCGUCCUUCCCCCUGGAGAUCCAGAGCUGUGCCGGGAGCAUGGAGAGACGUUUACCUUGUUCUGUGUGGAUGACCUGGAGCCAGUGUGCAGUCAGUGCGGACUGACUGAGACCCACGAGGGGCACAGAGUCUACCCCAUAAAGGAGGCUGUACCUGACUGUAAGGGGGAGCUGAACUCUUCACUGGGGAAGCUGCUCGGGAAGAGCAGGAGGUUUGAGAAGGUUACGCGGAUCUUUGAACACGCCUCCCAACACAACCAGAGCCAUGCCCAGCAGACAGAGAGACAGAUAAAGGAGGAGUUUGAGAAGCUGCACCAGUUCCUGAGAGAGGAGGAGGAGGCCAGGCUAGCCAGGCUGAGGGAGGAAGAGGAGGAGAGGAAUAGAGUGAUGAAGGAGAAGAGAGAGAGAGUGGGAAAAGAGAUGAAGCUGCUGGCUAAAACCAUCCGAGAGAUCGAGGAAGAGAUGAAGGAAGACAGGGAUGACAUCGCCUUUCUGCAGAAUUACCAGGAGACAGUAAAGAGGACGUGGCAGAGUCAUGGCGAGCCAGAGGAGGUGUGUGGUCCUCUGAUAGACGUAUCUAAACACCUGACCAACCUCCGUUACUCCGUCUGGAACGACAUGCUGUACAUAACCCCUUACACUCCAGUAACCCUGGACCCGACCACGUCCUGCCCAUCUCUGGUCCUCUCCCCUGGACUAACCUCUGUCCAGCUGGGAAAGGAGAGGAUCCAGAUCCAGCCUGCUAACCCGGAGAGAUUUGACCCGAUCGACUGCGCUCUGGGCUGGGAAGGAUUCAGUGCCGGCACCCACUGCUGGACCGUGGAGGUUGGAGAGAGCAGCAACUGGACAGUUGGUGUGGCCAGCCAAUCGGUGCGUAGGAGGGAGGAGUUUGAGGCGUGUCCGGAGGAGGGGCUAUGGACCCUCAGCCUACGGAAUGGGACUUACCGUGCCAUGACCACACCCUGUACCACCCUCCCUCUGGACUGGUCCCGCCCCUUUCACAGGAUCAAGGUGUUUCUGGACUGGGAGGAGGGUCAGGUGGAAUUCUGGGAUGCGAUGAGGGACAAACUCCUGUUCACCUUCACGCACCGCUUCACAGAGACGCUGUAUCCGUACUUCCAGAGCAGCUGUUCUAAGUGCUGGCUAGUGGUGUUACCCCAGAGAGUGUGUGUGGAGGUAGAGCUAGAUCCUAUCCCUGGGGAUGACGAUGGAGACCAGAUCCCACACGACGGAUCAUACAAUGAGGGAGAGGAUACCGAGACUAGAUCCACUGACGACAGCAAGCUGACAGGAACCGGAUCCCCUGUCGAAGCCCAGAUCCCAAUGACCGGAUCUCCCAAGAUCUCAACCACUGACCAGAACCAAGAGACAAGAUCCCCUGACAAAACGUCAAACACCGGAUCCGCUCAAAGGAUGGGCCGGAUCCCAAAGACUAAAUCCACCGGAAAGGGAAAGAUCCCACAGACUGGAUCCGCUGUUCAGAAGCAGAUCAAAAACACCAGAUCCAAUGGAAGCUACCACAUCACGAAGGAUAGGCCGCUAGUCCAGGUCAGGAGGACAGGAUCCACUGAGAGAUCCACUGAGGGAUCCACUGAGUGAUCCACUGAGAGAUCCACUGAGUGAUCCACUGAGAGAUCCACUGAGGGAUCCACUGAGAGAUCCACUGAGAGAUCCACUGAGGGAUCCACUGAGUGAUCCACUGAGAGAUCCACUGAGAUAUCCAUAAGCAACAACACAGAGAUCAAGUUGCCCUGCAGCUCAGCCCAGAUCAUCCAACACACAAGAGAUCACCCAACACAGACUAGAUCCCCUACCUCCACAGACUAGAUCCCCUACCUCCACAGACUAGAUCUCCUACCCCCACAGACUAGAUCUCCUACCUCCACAGACUAGAUCUCCUACCUCCACAGACUAGAUCCCCUACCUCCACAGACCAGAUCUCCUACCUCCAUAUAUUUGAUCUCCUACCUCCACAGACUAGAUCUCAUAGAUGCUGUCAUUGACUAGAUCACCUAACACUCUAUAUUUUAGAUCUCUUACAAGCAUUUAUGUGUAAUGUUGUAAUACACAGUGUAUUAUAGUAGAGGUAAUGUUGUAAUACACAGUGUAUUAUAGUGGAGGUAAUGUUGUAAUACACAGUGUAUCAUAGUGGAGGUAAUGUUGUAAUACACAGUGUAUUAUAGUGGAGGUAAUGUUGUAAUACACAGUGUAUUAUAGUGGAGGUAAUGUUGUAAUACACAGUGUAUUAUAGUGGAGGUAAUGUUGUAAUACACAGUGUAUUAUAGUGGAGGUAAUGUUGUAAUGCACAGUGUAUUAUAGUAGUGGUACUGUUGUAAUACACAGUGUAUUAUAGUGGAGGUAAUGUUGUAAUGCACAGUGUAUUAUAGUGGAGGUAAUGUUGUAAUACACAGUGUAUUAUAGUGGAGGUAAUGUUGUAAUACACAGUGUAUUAUAGUGGAGGUAAUGUUGUAAUACACAGUGUAUUAUAGUGGGGGUAAUGUUGUAAUACACAGUGUAUUAUAGUGGAGGUAAUGUUGUAAUACACAGUGUAUUAUAGUGGAGGUAAUGUUGUAAUACACAGUGUAUUAUAGUGGAGGUAAUGUUGUAAUACACAGUGUAUUAUAGUGGAGGUAAUGUUGUAAUACACAGUGUAUCAUAGUGGAGGUAAUGUUGUAAUACACAGUGUAUUAUAGUGGAGGUAAUGAAGCAUCUGUUCUCCCAGUGUAAUGUGUUUUGAAUAAAGAACAAAUAAAGAA